GUCAAUGUUGAUUAAGACAUCGCUGUGUUUAUCCAUUCUAUCUUCAUGAUGCACCAUUGUGUAAAUCUGAUACUUACAAUUAGUGGAUUUCUUAACUUAAUGGAUCUUUUCCCAAUUCUGUUUUAUUCAACUUAUGCAAAGGCAUUAAUUGGAGAAAAUAUAUGUAGAUCUGAGAGUGAGAAUAUUACAAUAACUUUUUGUUGUCCGACCUAUGAAGAAAGAGAUAACAUGUGUGUUGAGUGCAGACCUGGAUUCAGGGGCUAUAAUUGCAGUUUGAUUUGUCCUGAAAACUAUUAUGGUCCUCGAUGUCAGAGGAAAUGCCAGUGUCACAACUCUGAGUACUGUCACCACGUAUGUGGGUGUGUGUCAAAUCUGUUGGAAAGUUUUGGUAACGCAACGAUGGUCCAUAAUGUCACCGAAAAUGAAAUUGAUACGAGUGUCACUAACCAGACCCUUUUCACAGAACAAUGUUUAUCUUCAACAGAAAAAACCACCAAAAUAGCAGUCACCAUCGCUGGAAUCGACAUUGAUUCCACCACUAAGUACGAUGAAGAGUAUGAAAUCCUGAGAACUGUAUUCCUUGAGGUGCUGCCUUUUGUGAUAUUUGUCUGCUUACUACUCUGUUUUGGAAUAAUUUACAGAAAAUGUUAUUCCAAAAAGAAACAAGAAAUGAAAGACAGUGUUCAUAAUGCUUUGUAUAUUACGGAAGAAGGAAACCGAGAAAAUAGUGUUCAGAGUAAUGAAGAUACGACUGGAGAUCCACUCUACGGCACCUGUGAAGAUCCUUGUUAUAGUACAUUAACACUGAGGGUAAACUACGGUCCUGUCCAUGCCAGUUAUGAAGAUGGGUCUUUAGAAGAUUUUAAUCCCUAUGACUUUAUGUAUGAAGGAGAGGGAAAUAUGGCUAGAGUACAAGAAACUCACGAUAGUAAUUUCUAUUUAAAUAAUGAGAGUGUACAAAUGCAUAUAAACUCAACUCAAAGACUGUAUGAAGAUCCAUGGAGUAAUAAUUUUAAUAACUCCCUUUUGCGUCACUCAACACAACGUCGGUUUGACCUCAUGCCAGUUGAUGAAUGUUGCAGUGCUUUACAGGGAAAAGAAUACGGGCCAUACGAGCUGGCAUCUAGCAACUAAAUAGGACAGUUUGUGAAUAAUUGAAUUUUUAUUUUCUGUUUGCAAUUCAUAAUAUGCAGGUGUAUCAAGAAACGCUUUUUAGCAUACAACUGUUUUUACU